AUGCAGUGGAGGGGUUUCUUGUCGCCCCCCAUGCUGCGGGCGACCAGGACAAUCCAAGAGUGUGGCGCGUGCCUUCCGUCACCAGAGGGCGCCAGAGUUGACGUGUGCCGUGAGUGUCGCGUCAGCUUCGACAGUGGACGGCUGCCUAAAGCCUGCUCGGUCAACAACAUGGCCAUCGGUUGCGAACAUCGGUACCCCGACGAGCUUGAUGACCUCUCUCCGGUUGAAGAGAGACUCAUUGCCCUGCACGCACCUUUUGGCUAUAUCACCAAGUUCACGGUCGACAACAAGACCCGUUCGGGAAUCAGCUACCGCAAGCACAUAAAAGGGCAUAUCGUCGUCUUUCCGAACAAGGUGGACGAUCUUGUGGCCACGGUUCUUCCCCAUCCUCUACUGCAGGCCAUUGAAAACAUUCACAUAUCUUGGAGCGGUUCAAGUAAACCUGGUUCCGCAGACGUCAGAAACCUGCUUCAGCCGGCGACUCUUGUCCCCGACUCGGCUGCCAUCGGCCAGGAAGUUGACACUGUCUGCGAGACGUCUACGUCUGGCAUGUUUCCUCUCGAUGGACCGGCUGCCUUCGCGGAGUCCGAUAAACUGUCGUUUCUGGCCGAAGUCGUCAACGCCAAUCCGGAUCGACAUGGCAACUCUGUGCCACUUGAGCAAGCCUAUGCGAACUUGACCGAGGACCGACUGAAGAGAGCCGAGGCGGAGAUGCGGGAGACAAGGACUACGUCGGACCCCGACAUAUCGCUCUUGCUUCGCGAGCUGUCGAUUUUUGGCCAUGCACAGCCGCUCUCGAACGAAUCCCGUUUGCUUAUGCGGAGGAAGAUCCAAGCUCUGGACAUCCGCGCCGGUAUGCCUGCAAUCUGGAUUACCAUCAGUCCUAACGACAUUAAUAAUCCGGUAAAGUUGAAGCUUGCCAUUCAUAGGCUCCACGAUUAUGAGUCUGCAAAGGAACUUUUGGCCGAUCUCCGUGAAAAGUACGACAGGAUCGCCCUCAGCACCAUGGAUCCGGUCAGCUCGGCCAUUUUCUUCCACCGAGAAGUAUCCCUAUUCUUUGACAAGUACGUGAACACAGGCCGGGAAUCAAUCUUCGGGAAGAUCAGCCACUACUACGCAACGGUGGAAACGAACGAACGGGGCAGCCUCCACUUGCAUGGACUCCUCUGGCUGGACGGGAACAUGCGAUUACCGAACCUGAUGGAUGACAUGGGCAACCCCGCGGAAGAAGCAUAUCGUGCCCAAGUGAUCCGAUACGUAGACUCUGUCUUUCACGAGUGUUUAGAUGAAGAUGCCGGAAAAGCCGUGCGACAACAGAGGAAGCCCAUCCAUCCCGUGGAGGAGGUCAUGACCAGCACCUCGGCUCUCACUGCGGCCUUCGAAGACGAAUCCAACUUCGUCGCGUACUGUUGCCAAGUGCACUCCCACACAUACACCUGCCUUAAGUAUUCUCUGAAGGCGGUCAUUGAUCAGGGGGCAGAUCAACAGAGACGGACAGCCUGCCGCUUCAAGGCACCGUGGAGGAUCGUCGAGCAGACAGGGUUCACAGAGGAUGGCUUGCUUCAGAUUCGGCGCAACCAUCCACUCGUCAACCGGUAUAACAAGUCGUUGGCGGUCGGCCUUCGCCACAAUCACGACGUCUCGAUGAUCUUGACCAAGACCAAGGGCCUGGCCAUGGUGUACUACAUCACGAACUACGCCACCAAGCUGGAUACGCCGAUGUGGAAGCGCAUUGCUCGCCACCGAGGUCCCGCCCUGCCCGACGAGAGGCACCAGGCGGUAUUGAACGAAAGCCGUCAAUUCCUGAUGAGAACGGCAAAUCGGAUCUUCUCUGAGCGACAACUCUCGGCUGUGGAGGAUUCCGACUGUGACGGCUGGAUGCAAAAGCUUCGACGGCCCGACCAGUACGCCGUCCCGAUCUUCCAAGGAUACAUCAGCGACGACCAUGAGGACGAUCACCCAGUGUAUAUUAAGCGAAACUCUGUCCUACAUUUGGCGUUAUUCGUCCCUUGGGAAAACUUCAUUUCUGAGAGCCUAGGUGAUAUAACCGAAAUAUGGACGACGCAUCGGGCGGGCCUUUGUCCCCGUCUCCGUUUCUACGUCUCUAACAUUUGUCUUUUGAGAAAGUCUGCCGAGGACGCGCGUAAGGACGCGAAGCUCUGGGCCAGUCGAUCGGAGGGCGACGACACAAUUGACGUUGAGUACCCACUUGACGAUGGCCGAUACGAAGAAGAGCCUCCGGCGAUGGCUCAUCGUCAGGCCUACAGAGCUCUACUCCAGAUUUUGCGAAAUGCCGUCCAGGACACGGACGCCACAAAAGACUCACCCGUCCUUGGAGGUUUAAUACGCGAUCUGUGCGAAGAGAACCCGACUGAAGACGAGCAACCUUUUGUCCAACGUCAAGAGGAUCUGUACCGGAAUAUAGCCCACGAUCAAGCGGCCAAGGCCCAACAACUAUUGCAUCUUCGGAUGCUAGACGACAUUGAGGGUGGUUCUCAGGGGACCAUGCUUUCCACGGAUGGCGCCGACAUCGACGAUACCCUAGCUCGCUACGGCGAUAUAGAGUCCGCCGCUGCGCUCCCAGGCAGUGACCUCAAUGAACAAGGCCCUCGGAUGCUUGUCGACGUCAGUCCGGUGACUAGCUUCGUGGAGAUGGGGCACACCACCGCGGCCAACUUUACACUGAACUAUCUACAGACCAUGGCCCUUCAACUCGUUUGCGUGUUUCUGGACAAGUAUGCGGCCAAUCCGGACUCGGCGGGCCAGCAUCUUCAAUAUACCGGCGGGCCGGGUGGCACGGGAAAGUCGAGGAUCAUCGAUGCCCUGAAGGACGUGUUCGCGGCGAGAAACCAGCCACAUCUUCUGCAGAUAACCGGCACAUCAGGCAGUUCGGCGGCCCAGAUUGGCGGCACGACAAUCCACUCGGCCUGUGGGUUAGAUUCCCAUCGCGAUCCAAACAAACCGCCUCCCCCCUUCUCGGAGGCGAAGAAAUGGAUAUGGAAACAGAAGCUAGUACUCGUGAUUGACGAGGUCAGUAUGCUAGGAGGAGCCACUCUGUACAACGUCAGCCGCCACCUGCAGGCACUCCGUGACUGUCCGGACGAGCCGUUUGGUGGGAUGCCUGUCGUUCUACUGAUGGGAGACUUCUACCAGUUCGCCCCCGUGCGGGAAACAAGCCUCCUGAUCAACAGACCGCCGGACCGAACACAGACCCCCCUGCGACAAGCGACCAUCUCUCACCACAGCGGCUGCAGAUUGUGGCAUAUGUUCAAAACCGUUGUGCUCCUUGAAGACCAAGUCCGGGCCCGCAACGAUCCCCAACUUCGCGCACUCCUGGAUCGAGUCCGUAACGGGCGGCAGACACAGCAAGACCUCGACUUGCUCAAUGCCAAUAUCCUGUCGGGCUGGGCGCGCUUCAACAAGCGGCAUAUCCGUAUCUUUGUCUCGACUCACACCUGGCGCAACGGCACGCUUUCUCCAAACAUCGUGGCGCGAACCAUAGGACAAGGUGACGACUCCGCCUGCAAGGUCCCCGGCGUCUUCUUCUACGCUCAGGGCAUGCCUGUUGUUGUGAACAAGAACAUCUACACUGGCUUGAAAGUUGAUACCACUUGGCGGAUGACGUGA